UCCACACUUUGCUCUGACUGCUCAUUUUGCUUCGCUUACGCAGACCUCUCGGUGCAUCGGCUACCUCAUCUCACGAUUCUUCAAGCUUGAACGUCAAGAGGAAAAAUGGCAAGUGAAGAAGCUGCAGUUUCAACUGAGGCAGCGCCAGCAGCAGCGCCUGCUCCAGCUCCAGCUCCAGCUCUUGGUGAGCCUAUGGAUGUUACAACUGCUCUGCAGCUUGUGCUGAGAAAAUCACUGGCUCAUGGCGGGCUUGUCCGAGGUCUUCACGAAGCUGCAAAAGUGAUUGAGAAGCAUGCUGCCCAGCUGUGUGUGCUGGCAGAGGACUGUGAUCAGCAAGACUAUGUUAAACUGGUGAAAGCUCUUUGUGCUGACCACAAUGUAAACAUGCUGACCGUUCCCAGUGCCAAGACCCUAGGAGAGUGGGCUGGUCUGUGCAAGAUUGAUUCCGAGGGAAAGGCUAGGAAGGUCGUUGGUUGUUCUUGUGUGGUUGUGAAGGAUUUUGGUGAGGAUCACGAAGGUCUUCAUGUUGUUCAGCAGCAUGUGAAGGCCCAAUAAGUUGACUGGGUCUGAAUUUUGUGAGAAAUGUUGAAACAUCUUUAGGGAGCUUUGUUUGUCUCAUGAAUUGUUACUUUAUUUGACUGUUUACUAGUUACUGUUUACCAUGGUUUUCAAUUUUGUUUCAAAUUGUUGUUUCUAGUAUAUGUUACAUUUUGAUAUUUUCUAUGAAAAAAGUUUCAUCCAAUA